UGCUCUGCUCUGCCCUCCCUCCAGUUACAGUCAUCCCUCACCAGCGCUUCGUGCAAGGACGAGAGAAGAACAACAAUAGAGCGCUAACUGGCCUUGACGCCAUCCUCCCCGCAAUGGAUCGACUGAACAACAUCAACCCCUUCACCAAGAGGGACUCGCACACCUCGCAGGCCGUUGCCACCUACAAGAUACUGAGCAUCGCGACCUGGCUGGCCUCGCUGCUCGUUACGCUCUACUAUACCUUCAAUGAUGUCUACGAUGGCUACCACAUCAGGCGCAGGAUCUGGGACAUCAAUGACGCCUACCUGACGGGCUUCCGCAUGGACCACCUGAUCACGUCCCUGUACUGGCUCGCCCUCUUCAUCCUCCAACUAGGAUACGUCGCCGCUCUCUUUUCCAACAACCUCGACCGAAAGAACGCCGCCUGCGCCGUCGGCAGCCACUUCAUCCUCAACAAUAUCCUGCACUUCGCCUUUGUCCUGCUGUUCGUCUACGGCCACUUUGUCAUUGCCGAGGUCAUCCUGGUGUUCAACUUCAUCAACCUGACGUCCCUGUACUUCCGUCACAAUGCCUACCCGCGCUCCAUCCACGUGCCCGUCGUUUCGGGGCCCCUCGCCUGGACCUUUGUGGCCAUCUACUGGAACGGCGCCAUCAUGGCGUACCACCCGGAGAACCUGGUGGCGAGGAUCUUUGCCAACAUCUUUGUGUGGUCCAUCCUCGUCUACGGAGGCUUCUUCCUGGUCGCCUACAAGGACUACACCAUGGGCUUCAACCUGAGUGUCCUGGCCGCCGCCCUGGGCGUCGCCCAGUUCUUCCGCCAGGUCAUUGCCCUGCAGUGGAUCUUCUCCUUCACCAUCAUGGCCGUCCUCUUUGUCGCCUCGCUCUCCAUCGCCGUCCCGACCUGGUCUGGGCAGCACAAUAGCUGGACCACGCGCCGCUCCGAGCAGGCCCCGCCCCAGGAUGCCGAGCGCGCGCCGCUCCUGCAGGGCAACUAGGGGAAAGAACAGGGUGAAGCAAUCGGAUGAGAGGAGGGUCAUGUCAUGUGCUCUCUCCAUCCCCCCGAUAUCCUGUCACUUACAACCGACACGGUCUACCACCAGCUAAUGGCUGUCGACGCUCCUCUCAAAAGCUCUGUCAACCCCCUUUUUCACAUAUCUCAAAUUGCCUAUUGCGACUCGAAACAUGUUCUCAUAUCCCCAGAGGAUCACACCUCUACACCGAAAAGUCUAAUGAUUUCUAUGCGAUGCGGACCCUUUGUACACGGCCUGUUUAUUUUCACCCAUCACACCUUACAUGGAUUGUGGCGAUGAUAUGGGUGAGGCACGUUUAGCGCCUGGUGGCGACGAUUGGUGCGCAUACGGAGAAGUCGCUUAAUAUUGCAGUUUGUCUCUGGUUGGUCUCUCUCUACAGGUUUAUUAGCAUGGAAAUGGUACUUAUGCGCUGCUUUUGAUUUAUCAGUCGUUUCCAUCUGUUGAAGUCCGGGAAUGAUGCCAUGAUGAAAGCAUGUUGUGCUGACUGCCCUUCUUCUUGC